AUGCGUCCACCACUCCAGCCAACACGAGCGCUAUCCCGCGCGCUCUCAUCGCACGCGUACAAUCCGCCUGCUCCCCAGCGGCGCGGUCCACCAGGCCCACCCGGCGGCGGCCCACCCAACGCCGCCGCGGGCCCAUCCACCCCCGCCCCUGCCCCGCCGAACCCGGCCACAACAACCUCGCCGUCCCUCCCGCCCGAGCAGCGCCGGCUGCUCGAGGAGAUCGUGCGCGUCGACCAUGCGGGCGAGCUGGGCGCCAACUGGAUCUACCGGGGCCAGAAGUGGGCGAGCCAGCUGCGCGGGGACCGGGAAACUGCGUCGCAGGUUGAGGCAAUGUGGGACAACGAGCGGCACCACCUCAACACGCUGACGCGCGUCGCGGCACAGCACCGCGUGCGCCCGACGGCGCUCUACCCCGCAUGGCAGGUGCUCGCGUGGGGGCUCGGCGCGGGCACGGCGCUGCUGGGCAAGGAGGCGGCCAUGGCGUGCACCGAGGCGGUGGAGACGGUCAUCGGCGAGCACUACGACGACCAGCUGCGCGCGCUCAAGCCUGUGCUGGCUGAGAACGCGGCCAAGGCGCAGCCGGACGCGAGCCUCCCGCUCCUCGCGGAGAUUCUCGAGGAGUUCCGGGACGACGAGCUCGCGCAUCUCGACACCGCGGUCGAGGAGGGCGCGCUCCGCGCCCCGGCGCACUCGUUGCUCUCGGCUGUCGUGGGCGCCGCUUGUCAUAUUGGUAUUGCUGUUGCCAAGAAGGUGUGAUGUAGGUUUUGUGUGCGG